AAAACCUACAGCUGUGAUGAGUGUGGGAAGUCUUUUACCCUGGCUCAAAGCCUAAAAACACACCAAGUCAUCCACAGUGGAGUUAAACCUUACAGCUGUGACCUGUGUGGAAAGUCUUUUACCCGGGCUGGAAGCUUAAAAACACACCAACUCAUCCACAGUGGAGUUAAACCUUACAGCUGUGACCUGUGUGGAAAGUCUUUUACCCGGGCUGGAAGCUUAAAAACACACCAACUCAUCCACAGUGGAGUUAAACCUUACAGCUGUGACCUAUGUGGAAAGUCUUUUACCCGGGCUGGAGACUUAAAACAACACAAACUCAUCCACAGUGGAGUUAAACCUUACAGCUGUGACCUGUGUGGAAAGUCUUUUACCCAGGCUGGAGACUUAAAAAGACACCAAAUCAUCCACAGUGGAGUUAAACCUUACAGCUGUGAGUUUUGUGGAAAGUCUUUUACCCUGGCUCAAAGCCUAAAAACACACCAAGUCAUCCACAGUGGAGUUAAACCUUACAGCUGUGACCUGUGUGGAAAGUCUUUUACCCAGGCUGGAAGCUUAAAAACACACCAACUCAUCCACAGUGGAGUUAAACCUUACAGCUGUGACCUGUGUGGAAAGUCUUUUACCCGGGCUGGAGACUUAAAACAACACAAACUCAUCCACAGUGGAGUUAAACCUUACAGCUGUGACCUGUGUGGAAAGUCUUUUACCCAGGCUGGAGACUUAAAAACACACAAACUCAUCCACAGUGGAGUUAAACCUUACAGCUGUGACUUUUGUGGAAAGUCUUUUACCCAGGCUGGAGACUUAAAAAAACACCAAGUCAUCCACAGUGGCGUUAAACCUUACGGCUGUGAGUUGUGUGGAAAGUCUUUUACCCGGGCUGGACAC